UCGUUUGCGAAAACUGAAUGUAGAAGAAGCUAAACAACAACUUCCAGUUCAACGUGAUAAAAGUGACAGCACGGGCUUUUACUCAAAAUCCACUGCUUUUGUCUCUUCUGUCACCCAUUUAAAACUCAGAGCUGUUCCAGUUUUACUUUUAUUCGCUUAUGAGCAAUUUUUCAUUCAGAUAAGAUGGUGUUUUACUUUACAAGCGCCGUGGUGAAUCCUCCUUACACUAUAUACAUGGGGAAGGAUAAAUAUGAGAACGAGGAUUUAAUAAAGUAUGGAUGGCCUGAAGACAUAUGGUUUCAUGUUGACAAGCUGUCUUCUGCACACGUUUAUCUAAGACUGCCAAAGGGACAUACUAUAAAUGACAUUCCAUCUGAAGUUCUAAUAGACUGUGCACAGCUGGUGAAAAACAACAGCAUUCAAGGCUGCAAAAUGAACAAUAUUAAUGUGGUUUAUACGCCAUGGGCAAAUCUAAAGAAGACCGGAGACAUGGAUGUGGGACAGAUUGGUUUCCACAAACAAAGAGAGGUAAAACUUGUAGCUGUGGAAAAGAAAGUAAAUGAAAUUGUAAACCGCUUGGAGAAGACCAAAGUGGAGCGCUUCCCAGACCUGGCAGCAGAGAAAGAGUCCAGAGACCAAGAGGAGAGGAACGAGAAAAAAGCACAACUACAGGAGCAGAAGAGGAAAGAGAAGGAGGAGCAGAAGAAGAAAAAGGAGAUGGAGGAGCUCAGAAAUUAUACAUCAUUAAUGAAGUCUGAGAAUAUGCAAACAAAUGAGGAUGGCUACGACUCAGAUGAUUUCAUGUAAAGUGAAAAGAGCAGAUCUUGUGAACUCUCUCAGUCAGAUCUCUGAACAGGACCCUCUUUGCUGCUUCUACCGGCUGCCUCUUGCUGCAUCUUCACUAACGAGGACUUCUGAAGAUUUUUGGAGCAGACUUGAUCCAAUGAGGGACAGCACUGGGAUUUUCAAUUUGCUGAUUGACUCAUGUUGCUACUAAUAUUGACAUAACAGAAGUCUAAAAGGGUUAUUUUUAAUGAACAAAGCAGGGUUAAGUUAGAUUCAUGAUGCAAAAGUAUGUUUAAAUAUUGGCUUUGCCUUUGUUUCUUUGAAAGCAUAAUUUGGCUGAUUUCUUUCUCUACGUCUCAGUCUAUGCAUGUUCAGAUUUACUUGAUACAGAGAAAAUUGUGCCAAUCAACACCACCUACUGAGCAAUGUUAUCAUAUCAACAAAUACAGAAAAAAUGCUAAUUCAGACAUCAAAACAAUAAAAUGAAAUGUAACUUGGGAAAA